ACCAUAGACUUGUCACCCACUGACAAUCCUGUCAUCAUUACAAGCAACUCUUGUUCCAAACAAGCAGAAAGUUUUUAAUUUUGCCUCAAAAUUGUGGAAAAUCCGCUAGAAUGGUGCUGGAAAGUACAAUGAUUUGUGUCGAUAACAGCGACUAUAUGCGAAAUGGGGAUUUUCUGCCGACGAGACUGCAGGCCCAGCAGGACGCAGUCAAUUUAGUGUGCCAUUCGAAGACCCGGUCCAAUCCCGAGAACAACGUGGGGCUGCUCACGCUUGCCAAUGUGGAAGUUUUGGCAACCCUCACCAGCGAUGUGGGGCGCAUUCUAUCUAAGCUGCACCAGGUUCAACCGGAUGGCGAUAUCAAUCUGCACACAGGAAUCCGCAUUGCUCAUUUGGCUCUAAAACAUCGGCAAGGAAAAAACCACAAGAUGAGAAUAGUGGUCUUUGUGGGCAGCCCGGUGAUCAGCGACGAGAAGGAGCUAGUCAAGUUGGCGAAAAAGCUAAAAAAAGAAAAAGUCAAUGUGGAUAUCAUCAGCUUUGGCGAGGAUUCCGAAAAUUCCGGCGUCUUGACGUCGUUCGUUAGCACUCUAAAUGGCAAAGAUGGGAGCAGCAGCCACUUGGUCACGGUGCCCCCUGGCCCCCAUUUAUCUGACGCCCUGAUUUCUUCCCCGAUAAUUCAGGGGGAGGAUGGAACUGGGGCCGCAGGCCUAAGCGGGUCUGGUUUCGAGUUCGGUGUUGAUCCCAAUGAGGAUCCAGAAUUGGCUUUGGCCCUUCGGGUCUCGAUGGAGGAACAGCGUCAACGCCAAGAAGAGGAAGCUAGAAGGACGCGCGGGACCACUGGCGACGAGCAGGAGGAGAAAACGGAAACCAAAGAAGAGCCUACUGAAGAGGCGCUAUUGGAAAGGGCGCUGGCCAUGUCGAUGGAAGAGGGCGCUACAGCUGCUCCAGCGACCGCCCCAGUAUCCAGAAUCCCUGUGGAUUUUGCCAAUAUGACCGAAGACGAGCAGAUCGCCUUUGCCAUGCAAAUGUCCAUGCAGGAUAAUUCUGAAGCGGGCGCCGCCAAGCAGGAACCAAUGGAAGUGGAAGCAGUUGACGACGAAGACUAUUCGGCUGUUAUGAACGACCCAACUUUCCUCCAAAGCGUGCUUGAGAGUCUGCCUGGCGUCGAUCCUCAAUCGGAGGCAGUGCGGCAGGCGGUGGGCAGUUUGAAGGAUAAGAAGAAGGAGGAGAAACCUGAUGAAAAGCCGAAGAAAUAGGCCUGUUUGUUUUUUCAAAUUUACUCCAUUAGCUUAGAUUUACUCGUUUGUAAUCCGCAGAAGUUUUUUAAAAUUCGCAAACCAAUACGUUGUCCUUAUGAUAAAGUACUUCAAUAAAUUGAUAAAAACUUGUAAAAUAUUAUAAAA